AUGCACAUUAAAAUGCGCAAAAAAGAAUGGUUUCGGACACAUCUUACUCCUGCUGCCUGCCUGAACUCUGGACAUCCUCCACAAGAAGAUGCCCAUGAGUUCUUGGUUUUCCUCCUUAAGCAGCUGGAAGAGGAGUUCCUCAAUGACUAUGGAGCGGAAGGAAUUGAUUACAUUAGCCAGCUUACAAACCCUUUAACAAGAAUCUUUGGAGGAUGGGAGUUAACAGAAUGUACAUGCUCAUCUUUUAAUUGUGGGUUUGUCUCCCAAACAUACUCGCCAUUCACAAACCUACAAUUAAUUAUUAGGGAUGAGAAUAGUAAUAAUCGUAAGCAAUCUAAAGUGCACAGCACACCCAACACCCUCAUACUGCAAUUGCAGAGAUUUCAACCUGAUGGAUCAAAACUUUCUUCAGAGAUUGAUAUUAAUGAAAUGAUUUACAUUGGCAAAUAG